ACUCCGCCAAACUGAGGUAUCACGCAACCCACUCGCUUGCGGGCCGAAAGGAGGGACGAUGCACCUACCGUUAUCCUGUUGACUCGCGUAUGAGAACUGGACAUGUCUCUCCUGUUGUGCUGAAUUUGGAACAUAUGUUUUUCUUAUUGUCGUCAUUUUUGUUGUUGCGCUUUCUAAAGUUUAAAACGUAAGGACUGAAAUUUGAUCAUGCGUAAUUUUGCGCUCCGGAAUGAUCAAUAAUGCGUACCCCCGGACUCAGAGGAGGAACAAAUGGACUAGUCGUUUCUCUUUUUUCAUUCAAGAUGGAUUUUGUAAAACUUUCUUUUGCUCUCUGCAUAGUCAGUUUAUUGUCAGUUUCAGGUUUUGGGACUGACCCUGCUUUACGCAUUGACGUGUUCGACGAGCUACAUCUUGGAGAGUCUUACGCAGGAGUUUCAGAAGUGCAGGGUUUCCACAAUGAGAGCAGGGCAUACUUAUUUAAAGAUAUGUGGAGAAGUGUGCGAGCCUCAGCGGGGGUUGCCGAGCGGAUGGUGCAGAAUCUCAGAGGCCGGGUGGAGUUCACCAUCCUGCUGACGGUCAAGCAGGACAAGUUCAACUCCGGGGUGAUGCUGUCCAUCCACCACGGAGACCAGAGGUACCUGGAGCUGGAGAGCAGCGGGCAACGCAGCGAGAUCCGGCUGCACUACCGCACUGCGGAGCGGCGGACGCGUGCAGAGGUCUUCCCCUACCGCCUGGCCGACGCUCGCUGGCACCGGCUGGCCAUGUCAUUCAGCGCCUCACAGCUGCUGCUCUACGUGGACUGCAGCAGAAUCUACGAGAGGAUCGUGGAGAUGCCAUCAAUGGACAUUCCUUCAGGGGCCACUGUGUGGAUUGGUCAAAGGAACAACGCCCAUGGGCUCUUCAAGGGUGCGAUGCAGGAUCUCCAGGUGCUCCUCAUGCCUCAGGGAUACGUCUCCCAGUGUCCAGACCUCAACCGCACUUGUCCAACCUGCAAUGAUUUUCAUGGUCUGGUGCAGAAAAUCAUGGAGCUGCAGGACAUUUUGGCCAAAACAUCCAGCAAGCUUGCCCGGGCAGAGGAGAGGAUGAAGGCUCUGGAUGGAUGCUACUGCGAGAGGACGUGCUCCGUGAGCGGGGAGGUGUACAGGGACGAGGAGAUCUGGAUAGUCGGCUGCAGGAACUGCACAUGCUUGAAUGGCAGUGUGGAGUGUGAGAACGUCUACUGUCCUGCACCCCAGUGCCCUCCCGAUACUGCCCCAGCCUACAUCCCUGGAGCCUGCUGCAAAGAGUGUCAGCCGGUGUGUCUCUUCAGGGGGAGGGUGUAUGUGGAGGGUGAUCGUAAGAGUGUGCAUGACUCCACUGGGAACUGUCUGCUUUUUGAGUGCAGGGACCGUAGCAUGCGUAGAGUUGAGAUUGAGAGCACACCAUGUCCAGAGCUGAACUGCCCUGAGUCAGAGCAGAUAACCCUCACUGACCGCUGCUGCAGGGUGUGUCGAGGGCAUGAUUUCUGCGUAGAGAGCCAUUUGCGCAAAUGUGUGGAGAAUUCACAGUGCGUGAAUCUGGAAGCAGGGGCCUAUUGCAGUUGCAACAAUGGCUACCGGGCGGUGCGGGACGACAGCGCCUACUGCCAAGACGUGGAUGAGUGUGCAGAGGGGAGACACUACUGCCGAGAGAACACCGUGUGCAUGAACACUCCGGGAUCCUUCAUGUGUGUAUGCCAUACCGGCUACAUCCGGAUCGAUGACUACUCCUGCACUGAGCAUGAUGAGUGUGCGAGCGGACUCCACAGCUGUGACAAGAACGCGCUCUGCUUCAACACAGUGGGGGGACACAGCUGCACCUGCAAGCCGGGCUACGUGGGUAACGGCACCGUCUGCAGAGCACAGUGUGAUGGGUUGUGCCAUAAUGGAGGCUCCUGCUUUGCACCAGACACCUGCGUGUGCCAACAAGGCUUCACAGGGAAGAGAUGCGAAACCGACAUCGAUGAGUGCUCUGAUGGAUUUGUGGAGUGUGACAGUCGAGCCACCUGUAUUAACUUACCCGGCUGGUAUCACUGUGAAUGUCGUGAUGGCUACCAUGACAACGGGAUGUUUUCAGCUAAUGGGGAGUCGUGUGAAGAUAUCGACGAAUGUGUCACGGGAAGGCACAGCUGCGCUAACGACACGGUGUGUUUUAACGUGGACGGUGGCUACGACUGCCGGUGCCCUCACGGCAAGAACUGCACAGGAGACUGCCUCCACGAGGGGAAGGUGAAGCACAAUCGGCAGAUAUGGGUGCUGGAUGAUGACAGGUGCUCGGUCUGCUCCUGCCAGUCUGGCCUGGUGAUGUGCAGACGGAUGGUGUGCGACUGCGAGAACCCCACGGUAGACGUGCUGUGCUGUCCCGAGUGCGACCCUCGCCUCAGCUCGCAGUGUCUACACCAGAACGGCCUUCUGACGUACAGCAAUGGCGACACUUGGGUGGAGAACUGUCAGCAGUGUCAGUGCCUGCGUGGUGCGGUGGACUGCUGGCCUGUGGCGUGUGCGCCAGCGCCCCCUGACUGUGAGCUGGUGGCCGUGCCUGAGGGCGAGUGUUGUCCCCGCUGCGUGGCGGACCCGUGCCAGGCGGAUGCUAUGCACAAUGGCGUGGCCGACACCUGCGUGGACGAGCACGGUGUCACACGCUUCAGUGGCUCUGCCUGGACCAAGCACGGCACUGAGUGCUCGCUCUGUCAGUGCAAGAAUGGACACGUCUGCUGCUCUGUGGAUCCUUUGUGCCUCUAGUGCCACUCAAAAGGCAACUCUCCCCUCCUCUCAUGCUCCCUCUCUCUCUCUCUUCCCCAGUGACCUAUUCUGUUCCCCCUUUUUUGCUCUCGCACUGUUCUUUGCUCUUUCUGCCUCUCAGCCUCUCUCAUCUUGUACAAUCUCACUUCCCAUCAGAGAAAGUUUUUUUUUUAAAUUUCCAAUAUCAUAUUGUAACACCCAUGUUCGCUCAGCGUUAUCUCAGCAAUAGAUCACCUGUAUUAGAGUUCUAAUGAGAAGGGAGUCUAAUUACAUGGUGGAAGAAGGCCUUUGCACUCACACGUGCUUGAUGCAUACAUGUCCGAGACAGGAAGGCUUGAGAAUAGUGAGUAGGAACCCAUGCAAUCCAAUGUAAAUGAACCUCAUCCAUACACCCAUGAGCAUGGCUGCAUCCAGUUUUUGUUCCAUUCUUAAGAGAAAAGGAAGACAUUGGUGUUUUGAGUAGUUUCCUUGUUUCAGUUCUCAUUUUUUUCUGAAACAUGUCUACCUUUGGAUGUUUUAUGUUGUACCUUUUGUUGGACUGUUGUUUACUUUAUUCAGUGGCUUGAUAUUGUGUAAUGGUGACAAAAUAAAGAUUUCCACUGAAGCAC